CGAGGCUCUUCUUGUGUUUUUUAGUUGAUUACUUUUCUCUGCGUCUCUGUCUCUCUUUAUUUUCUCCUUUUUCUUUUUUCUCUUUCCUUUGCAAAAUUGCAAUUUAGAGGGCUGAAAGUGAAUAAAGAGAGGAAGUGACAGUGAAAACUGACGGCAAGAAUGAAAACCCACUAACAGAAAGUGAAAGUUGAUGGAUAAAAAGGAGUUCUAGUUAUUGUGUUAUGGCUUUUUUCUUUUCUUUCUUUUCAGGUAUUGGCAAAACAAUUUAGUCAUAUCUGCCUCAAACCCUGGAUCUUUUGUGCAGAUAGAUUAACUGCUUUCCUUUUUUUCUUUAUAUUGAAGUAUUUUUCUUCAUGUUUUCUGCUGAUCAUUUUAGCUUGCAUGCCGGCUAUUUUAAUGGGAAUUGAUUCUUUGUGCUUGUGAAUGGAAUAGCAGAAAAAGACUAACAAAAGAGACAAUAGAUAGCGCACCUCAGUUUUUAUUUUCAACACCCUGUAAUGGAGGCUACAGAGAUUUAGGAAACAUUUAAAUUCCCCAAGUGCGUGUUUCUGUGAUUAUCGGUGAAUUGUUUUCUGGUUUCUGCACAUGGAUAGUGUUCUUGGGGAGUGAAAAAGAAAAGAGUAUUUUUGCUCCACUUUGGACCCUGUAAUUAGUAGCAGCAACUUUUGGUAAUCACUUGGAUAGACUAACUCCAACAAAUUCAGUGGCUUUGAGGUGCUAAGAAUUAUCCAACAGAGAAGGAAGUUAUGCUCAGGAAUAGAUCUAGAGCAGUGACCAGCAAGCAAGCUUUAAUGACUGAUCACAGCUCCCAUUCGCCUUCUACCCAGAAUCACACAAAACCCAUUCCAUCUUUCUUUGGCUCUCCAAGGUUCAAAGGUUUCACAUUUAAGAGAUCUCCUGAAGCUGAACCUGUGAUUAGUCCUACCUCAAUUCUUGAACCAUUCUCUUCUUUCAAAAAUCCUUUUUGCCACGACACAAACCAACCUAAAUCCCCGAGAGUUUCUUCAGAAAAUAAAUAUUCAUGGGACAAAUUAGACUCUAAAGGCAUAGCUGUUGCACUCAUUGAUGAGGAAAAACCCAAUGAACAGAACAAUAGCAAAAAAAUUUCUAAACCCAGUAACAAAAUGGUCCUGUAUGGCACAAAGCUUAGGGUCCAAAUUCCACCACCUGCAAACUUUAUGUUCUCUGCAGCUGACUCGCCCAUAUCCCCAGGCGAUUUUGGAAUUAAAACCAGGAAUGCUCAAUUAUCGGGAUCUGGGUCUGGCAUCCAAACAAAGGAGUCACCUGGAGUGUUCACAGGAUGUGUACCCAUGAGUGAGUUGGAGCUUUCUGAGGAUUAUACAUGUGUAAUAUCAUAUGGUCCUAAUCCAAAAACCACUCAUAAAUUUGGUAACUGUGUUUUGGAGAACUACUGUUCUUUGUCAGACAAGUCCAACUCUGCCCCAAACAACUUCCUUAGCUUCUGCCACAAAUGCAAGAAGAAUCUGGAACAGAAAAUUGACAUUUUUAUUUACAGAGGUGAAAAGGCAUUUUGCAGCCAAGAAUGUAGGUACCAAGAGAUGAUGUUAGAUGGAAUAGAGAGUUGAGAAUUUGAUGGUUGCUUAUAAAGAAGUGUUCCUUGCUUUUCUUAUAAGAGUUUUGCCAUUCUUGGAUGAUUAACAGUUGAGAACAAUCAAAUUGUAAAACCAAAGUUUGGCUUUCUUAUGUGGGUUUUACCUUUUUUUUCUUUUCUUUUUAAUCCCUUUCUUUUUUAACCCUCUCACCUGCAGAUAGAGAUAAGAGAGGAUGAGAUAUUGUAGAGUGGAAUUUAUUUCAAGUGAUGACUUAUUUUAUAGCUUCCUAA